AGAUCCGCCCCUGAGCCCAGUCUCGGGGUGGCCCAGCAUGGAGGCAGCCGCAGCUCCCGAGUUGACCUCAGGAGUCGCCCCAAAGGUGCAGGAAGCUGGUGCUGCGGACACCGCAGGACCCCAAGCUGGACAGGGCGCCGGCAGCCCCCGUCUGCGGCCUGCACCCCUUGUGGAAGAGCCCCCCAAAAUCUGGCUCCCUCGGUUCCUGAAGCAGACCUACAUCCGGAAGGUGGGGGACACAGUGAACCUGCUCAUCCCGUUCCAGGGCAGACCCAAACCUCGAGCCACCUGGACGCACGAUGGCCGUGCCUUGGACACCAGCCGCGUGAGCGUGCGGGACGGGGAGCACGACUCUGUCCUCUUCGUGCGUGAGGCCCAGCGGGCGGACUCGGGCCGCUACCAGCUGAGCCUGCAGUUAGGCGGGCUGGAGGACACGGCCACCAUCGACAUCCUGGUCGUGGAGAGGCCGGGACCUCCUCAGAGUAUCAAGUUGGUGGAUGUCUGGGGCUCCAGCGCAACCCUGGAGUGGACCCCUCCCCAAGACACAGGCAAUACUGUCCUCCUGGGGUACACGGUGCAGAAGGCUGACAGGAAAUCUGGGCUCUGGUUCACGGUGCUUGAGGGCUACCACCGCACCAGCUGCGUCAUCUCCAAUCUCAUCGUGGGCAACUCCUACACCUUCCGGGUCUUCGCGGAGAAUCUGUGUGGGCUCAGCGAGACGGCCGCCGUCACGGCCGAUGUAGCCCAUGUGCAGAAGGCAGUGGCUGUGUACAAGACAGAAGGGUUUGCGCUGAGGGAGUUCUGGGAAGCGCCAAGGUUCACGCAGCCCCUGACCGACUGCACCCCUGUCCCUGGCUACAACACCCAGCUCUUCUGCUGUGUCCGUGCCUCCCCCAAGCCCAAGAUCAUCUGGCUGAAGAACAAGAUGGAGAUCCAGGACAACCCCAAAUACAGAGCCCUCACACAGCUGGGGAUCUGCUCCCUGGAGAUCCGCAAGCCCGGCCCCUUCGACGGGGGCAUCUACACCUGCAAGGCCAUCAACGCCCUGGGGGAGGCGUCCGUGGAGUGUCGGGUGGACAUGCAGAACUUCCGGCUGGUGCAGCCGCCGCUCCGCCCCGAGGGGCGGGGAAUGCAGGGAUUCGCCUAUCAGAACUUCCGGCUGGUGCAGCCGCCGCUCCGCCCCGAGGGGCGGGGAAUGCAGGAAUUCGCCUAUCAGUGUGCGCCUGCGGUAGCGAUGGGCGGGGCCUGGGAGAUUCGAAAGGAGCCCCGCCCCCCAAGCCGCGUCCCGGACUGA